AUGAAAUCUAUCGGAUUGAUUUCUACAGCUCCUUCUCUGACAACGAUUCGUUCUCUUUCUCGGACAAGUUCGAACCGAGUUAUCUUCAAGAUUCAAGCAAAGAGAUGCGGUGGUGGUUUUGUGACUAUGUCUUUGAAUUCAAACACAGAGAAGAGCUCGAGCUCUUCUUCUGAUGGUGUGUCGAUCAGUGUCUUGGAAGAUCAAUCCAUCAACGGUUUUAGGAUGCAACUUGGAAGCUCUGUUUCUCCUCCGCGUUUAAUCAGUUCAUUAGGCAAGAUGAUGAGUAGAAGCGAUCAGGCGUUUCUUCUCUUGUCCUUCAUCGCUUGCACUACUUCAGUUGCUUUUGCAAGUUUUGUUAUCACAGCAGUUCCCACACUUCUGGCCAUGGGUAGAGCUGCCUCUUCCUUUGCUAAGUUAGCCGACACUGCCCGUCGAGAAUUGCCUAGUACCUUGGCAGCCAUAAGGCUCUCCGGCAUGGAAAUAAGCGAUCUUACUCUUGAAUUAAGUGAAUUGAGCCAUGAAGUAACUGAAGGGGUAAACAAUUCAGCUAAAGCGGUUCAAGCAGCUGAAGCUGGAAUCCGACAGAUUGGAGCUCUUGCACACCAGCAAACUCUCUCAAUGAUUGAUGAGAGAGCAAGUUUACCAGAAAUAUCACUGCAACCUGUUGUGGCUGGUGCAGCCAAGAAGACUUCUCACGCAAUAGGCAGAGCAUCCAAGACACUUAUGAACAUUAUCACCGGAGGUGAUAAGGACGAAGAUUCCUAA